UCCGGGAUUCCGAGGCCAAUUGUGCCUGACGUAAGACAUACAAUACUAUAAAUACUAAAACUAUAUUUUGGUGUACAUUGUUAAUAAUUCACCAUGGCUGUUUUGGAUAUUACAAUCAUAUUAUUACUCCUAAACUUUUGCAGUGUAGGAAAUGCCAGAGUUAUCGAAACUACUACACUGACAACUGAAGGAACAACAAUGCCUGUGUUGCCAUUAAAUGAAAGUACAACACCGACUGCAACUGAGGAAACAUCAAAUCCUGGAUGGCCGAAGGAUAGAACUACCACACUUACAAUUGAAGAAACAGAAAGAAUUCUGCUGUGUCCAAGUAAAACUACCUCGCUGACAACCGAAGGAACAACAAGAUCUUUGUUGCCAUUAAAUAGUACUACCAUACUGAGAACACCAAUACCAGAGCUGAUGCCAUCAAAUGAAACUACCACUCUGGCAACUGAGGGAACUGAAACACCUGUGCUGCCUUCAAAUGAAACUACAUUAUUGACAACUGAUAUUCAAUCAAAUCUAACGACUGUCACAACGGAAUUACCGACUACAACAAUUCCUGCUCUUUUAGAAAUUAACGUUCUGGAUUUGGCAUUCAUCAUGGAUACGACAGGAAGUAUGGGCUCAUAUAUUGAUAGUGCACGACAGAAUAUUCGUACUCUUGUUGAUAAAAUUGCUGGUAGAGACAACACAGACCUUCGCGUGGCACUGGUUGAAUACAGAGACCAUCCUCCACAGGAGCGGACUUUUGUAACUAGGACGCACGAUUUCACACGUUCCAUUAAGACUAUGAAAAGAUGGCUCAGGAAAGCGCACGCACAUGGUGGUGGAGAUGGACCAGAAGCAGUAGCUGAAGGGCUAUAUGAUGUUGCAACUAAAUUGUCUUGGAGACCAGAAGCAGCUAAGAUUAGUGUUUUGAUUUCAGAUGCACCACCGCACGGACUUGUGCCUUCGGAGGACAGGUCAUUUCAGGAAGGAUCUCCAAACGGCCAUGACCCUAUUGAGAUAGUGCGUGAUUUAACGAAACGUGAAAUAACAUUAUAUUCAGUUGGAUGUGAGCCCUCUAUAAAUAAAUAUAAAGAUUUCUUUAUGAUGCUGGCGUAUUCAACUGGAGGUCAAUAUAUUCCGCUAUCAGAUCCUGAACAUCUGAUAGAUGCUAUUAUAGGAGGGGCUCAGGAAGAGAUGUCGUUACAGAAAUUCUCAGAAUAUGUGGAAGAAGAAAUUAAAAGAGUCACAGCGAUUUGUGGAACGGUUGAUGAAGGAAGUAUAGCUAUGUAUGUGUAUAACAAAUUGCACAAAGAAGGUGCAACGUCUAAACAACUUUUAAGAAACAAUAAACCUCUGGAAGGUGCUUCUGACUUUGCACUAUCGCUCGCAUCGUCAGUAUCUAUGGCAGAUGUUAGAAAGGUAUACGAAAAAGUUGCAAGUGAUCGAAGGUCCACAUUCGUUGACGGCGGAAUGCACUACAGUGAAAGUAUGCCUGCAUAUAUGCCGGCCAGUAGAUCAAGACUUGAAAGCGCUGCUCGAUAUGACAUAGGAGGACAUGAACGUGCUCCAAUUGCGACAGAUAUGUAUGCUAGUGAAAGCAUGCCAGAAGCUUACUAUGAAAGUGAAUAUGGUGUAAAAGAUGUUGAUCUAUAUGGUGAAGGAGGACCUGAUUCGCCUUCAGACAUGACAGAUACAUAUGCUAGUGAAAGAAUGCCGGAAGCUUACUAUGACAGUGAAUCUAGUGUAAUAGGUACUGAUCUAUAUGGCGAAGGAGGACUUGUUUCGUCUUCAAGUAUGACCGAUGUUGGAGAGUCAUAUUCCACUGUUGAAUCCGCCGUUAGUUUAGACCAAAUAAUGCGAUUAGUGAGAAAGAAAACGGCUAAACUUUCCGGUGUUUAAUAGCUGCAUAUACUGCUGCGCAUUGUAUAUAACUCAUUAAAAUCGAAUUUUGUGUCUCCUCCAAAAUAAUGUCUCAGCGGGGAAUAAAAUUCUUGUCAAUAUUGUUGUAACACUGCGCCAUUAUUUAAAUGAUAUAUACAAUUGUGUAGACAAAAUGGUGAAAUUCAAAGGGAUAUCAUAUUAUCAUACCUUUGGCAAGUACAGUUUUGAAACGCUUUUAAAUAUUGGUCGCAAGAUAGUUAGUUAUAUAUCAUGGGUAUAUAUAUUAUUUUUAGUGGCGGAAGUGUGAUACGCGCACUCGAUUUAUUACACCUUAUUACAAAAUAUUUUCUUGUUUUUUUAUUGGUUUUAUUUUCGCAAAUUUUGUUUGCAUUUUAUCUUGCAAUUUGUAGGUUUUUUCAAACUUUUUGUGCCGCCUACAAUGUGUUAGGUAUUACAUUUAUACGUAUAGACAUCAGAGGCGAAUUAAAAAUUAAUUUAGGCAUAAUGUCUUCAUUAAUAAUCAAACAUAACAUAUGCAUAGUAUAGGAUCCAAACAUAUAUGAUCCUAUGAUCUUCUUCUGUUUGAAAAAAAAAAGAAAUGAAUAAUGGAAUGUCAAUAACUCUGCUUGAAACAAGUGUUUUGUGAUUACUUGUUCAGACACACAUUCUGCUACAAAUGAGUGGUAAACUUAUAGUUUAUAUAUUUAGCUGAUAAUUCGGGAUAUGUGUAACUUGAUUUAUAUCAAUUUAAUAUGUAUCUACACUUUGCAUUUUUACCUUAGACUUACACAGUCUUUUGAAAUCAAGUAAUCUGUCAUUAUGUUAUUUUCUUUCUUCAUACUGACACUGACUGAUAAUUUUUCAGAAAACCAUUUUCUCUCUAGGCUCAUCUCAAGAUACGUAAGAGUCAAAGAUGAGAAAUACUGUAGAUAUAGACCCUGACAUUUUCAUUGAUAGAAAUACAUUAAAUAAAGUCUAGAAAUUGAUUUCAAAGUCCUUGAAAAUAACAAAAAUGAUUUUACAAAUGUGCGAUGUAUGAUAGUUUUGCUAUUAUCAAUAAUAGAAAUUUCAAUACUUAAUUCAAAGUUGUGAUCCGCAAAUGUCAACUCUUGCCUUGGGCUAGUACUUUAAAGCAGAGAUAUUUAUUAGUUUACUUCCCUUGCAAUUACUCAAUAGAGUAGAAAACGAAAACGGUUUAAAAACAAUAUUAUACAUUUUUGCUCAACAAAAUCGUUUAGGAUUUAUUAAUAUGUGUUUGAUUUACCCCUGAACCACUGGUUCCUAUGAUUUUGUCAACUUACUUAUGGUAAAAAUUAACUUUUAACAAGCCGAUAAUAAAAUGAAAUAUCAGUAAGUAUUUUAUAGUGCAGAUAAUACAGUUUUGCUUGUAUCAAAAUGUCACAAUAGAAGCACAUUUGUAAUACAGAACACCUGGUAGGAUUAGUAAAGGUGCAAUUAUAUUGAUCUCUUUUUCCUAUGCCUAAAUACUGUAAUUUUUUCCAGAAAGUGCUAUUAAAGAGGAUUUAUAGGAGAGAUAUUUGUUUUGAAGGACUCUUAAGACUAUUUACUUCAACAGUUCCUGAAAAUGCACAUGUGCAGGUAAAUAAGUUAAGUGGGACUUGCUUGAGUUCUAAAAACACUUAACUUGCAAAUUGCAAACGUUAUUAAAAAUCAAUUUUAAGCUUUGUACAAGACAUACAGAAAGGAUGAUACGUAAUAAAAGCGUUUAUCUAAAAAAGCUGACUAUUUGAAAUGCUCAGAUUUAAUAUUAAUGAAAUAUUUUUAAUACUUACGAGCUAGAUGAUCAUCAUUGCCCUAAUGUGCCUGUUUAUCAAAUACAUGACACUAUUAACUAAAUCAAUGAACAAUAAUGUGAAAGCUGUUAAGUCCAAAGCUGACUAGUUUUUAGCUUUGAAAAUCUUGGAUCGGGAAAAUAUGUUAGAUCAAACGGAGUACGACAUGAACUGUGCCAUGAGAAAACCAACAUAGUGGCUUUGCGACCAUCAUGGAUCCAGACCAGCCUGCGCAUCCGCGCAGUCUGGUCAGGAUCCAUUGUGUUCGCUAACAGUUUCUCUAAUAACUAUAGGCUUUGAAAGCGAACAGCAUGGAUCCUGACCAGACUGCGCGGAUGCACAGGCUGGUCUGGAUUAAUGCUGGUCGCAAAGCCACUAUGUUGGGUUUUUCAUGGCGCGGCUCAUAUCAGUUUACUUGGUUGCUGUCUAUACUUCCAAAGGAUCUUCUUAAUGAUUUUAUAAUUUACCUGUCUCUUACUGUUUAUAGAAACGUGCUACAGUUAUAAUAAUUGACUUGUUGAGGAACAUAUGUUUUCAUUUGCAAGAAAAAUACAAAUUAUGUUGUAAGCCACAAAACGUGUCUAAUUCAAAAAGGUAUCAGCUGGUUAACAUAGCAGCCAUUCAAUUGGCUUUUUUCCUGCUUUUAUAUUUUUUGUUAAUAGAUACACUUAUCUUUAGAUGCCGAUAUUUCUUGAAAUAUUCCCUACAGUUUCAAUUAAGUUUACAAAUUCAUACUGUCGACUUUGAGUUAAUUGUUUUCGACAUAUCAACAUACGCUAACAUAAACUGUCUACCGAGCGGUUUUGAAUAUUCUUUAUGUAACAUUCAUGCUACACUUCAAAUGUUGUGAUUAACACAAUGAUGCAUAAAUACAUUAAUUGAAAUAAUCUAAGUUUUCGCUACUUUUGAAAAGUGGUUAAUCGAACGACGAAAUUGCCUUGAAUUUUUAUCAUAAAAAAUGAAUGCAGAAUUUUGUAGGUUUGCAGCUUUUCGAAAUUUUAUAUGGUUAUAUUAACUCAAGCAAUUUCAUUGGUUUAGCAGAGACAUUCAUACAUCGAUAACCAUUUUGAAAAUGGUGUCAUUGCCGGAUAUUCGCAAACUGGCGACAACUUUCUUACAUAUAAUUGUGUGUAUUUAUUUUCUUUGUUAGAUCCGAUUAUCAUGGCAUUGAUUCAAAAUUUGUUAAAAAAACUUUUUUUCGAUGUUGCGAGCAAAAUUAUUAAAAAUUGAAAAUAACGGUGCGAUAUUAUUAACUUACUAUGAACUUUGUCUGUAUACUUUUACUCUUUUACUAAUUAUGAUAAGCAGAAACCUCUCUUUGAACUUUUAUAUUAGUAUGUAAAAUUGAAGAGAUAUUCAUCAAACAAAUCAAAGUAUAUAUUUUAACAACACUGGGUUAUCAUUUUCGAUGUCUCAUAUCAAAAGCUAUAGGUUUUGUUGUUGUUGUGGUUAUUAGAUUGGAGGUGUUUCUUUUUUUUUCUUUUUUUCGAAAUUUCAAAGUAAAGUUAUUAUGUAUAUAUGUUUCCGGUUAGGCAUUGGAACAAACGUUCACAGAUACUGUCAUAUCAACCUUAAACAUAUUAAAUUUCUUUGCAAAGCCAUAACGAAACUUCAGAACAUAAUUUUGCACAAACAAUUCAAACGUUUUCUUGCAGUUAGCACCUAAAUAUUACUACAGGAAGCAUAUUCUAAGUAUUUUUGUUGGUAUAAGGGGAAGAGAUGAAAUGCUUACCUUCUGGGAGGUCAAAAACAAAAACGGGUAAUGGUUUGUUUUAUGUCUUCGUGUCUGCUGAUUAUAACUUCAAAUCGACACAAGUAUAAGUCAUAUGGGAACAUUCUGGCUUUUGAUGGUAGUAAAAGAUAUCCGUAAAUAUUAUGACAGGCAUUUUGGAAUGAAAAUAUGCUAUAUCCCAUGCCUUCAAUUGCUAUAUUGAACCAAAAAUGCUAUUUUGCAAAUAGUUUAAGAAUAACUGAAAGUACAUUUCUUAAAUUAAGGGGACAGUAAGAUAAAUAGAUCUAUCUAUCAAUAUAGACAUAUCAAAAUUUCAGUUACGCACAAAUAUAAUUUUAUUCAUUUUUACUACAAAAGCCCGUUUUUGAAAAGUCAUAUAAAACACAUGAAAGAUGCCUUUUAAGAAAAUGAAUGUAUAUAAUCUAUAGAAAUAAAGAAGUGUAGAUUUGAUUAAUACUAGGAAAUGUUUAAAUUUCAAACGCAUAUUAAAUGCUUUUUUUACGAUAGGGCACGACAACGCCAUUAUUAUGUUUUUGUUUUCAUUUUCUUCACAUAUAAUGUUUUUGGCUAGUUUGUAAGUUUUAUAUGUUGUAGUGUAUUUUUGUUGGUUUUAAGUCAUUAAACGAGCGAAUCUAUA